AUGCCGAGUCCCCGGAGGAGCGUGGAGGGACGGCCGCUGGGCGCCUCCGCCUCGAGCAGCAGCAGCAGCAACAGCCCCGGCAGCCCGGCCCAUGGCGGCGGCUGCAACAGGUUCGAGUUCCAGUCCCUGCUCAGCAGCCGCGCUCCGGUCGCGGACCCCACCUGCGCCCGGCUCCGCGCGUCCGAGAGCCCGGUGCACCGCCGCGGCUCCUUCCCCCUGGCCGCCCCCGGCCCCUCGCAGGGGGCCCCGCUGCCCGAGGAGGACCGCAUGGACCUGAACCCUUCCUUCCUGGGCAUCGCCCUGCGCUCCCUGCUGGCCAUCGACCUGUGGCUGUCCAAGAAGCUGGGGGUGUGCGCGGGGGAGAGCUCGUCCUGGGGCAGCGGGCGGCCCCUUAUGAAGCUGCUGGAGAUCUCCGGACACGGCAUCCCCUGGCUGCUGGGCACCCUCUACUGCCUUUCCAGGAGCGACAGCUGGGCCGGGCGCGAGGUGCUGAUGAACCUGCUCUUCGCCCUGCUGUUGGACCUGCUGCUGGUGGCCCUGAUCAAAGGGCUGGUCCGCAGGCGCCGCCCGGCCCACAACCAGAUGGACAUGUUUUUCACCCUCUCGGUAGACAAGUACUCCUUUCCCUCUGGCCAUGCCACAAGGGCUGCCCUGGUGUCUCGGUUCAUCCUGAAUCACCUGGUGCUGGCCAUUCCGCUGAGGGUGCUGGUGGUACUGUGGGCCUUCAUUUUGGGCCUCUCCAGGGUCAUGCUGGGGCGGCACAAUGUCACCGACGUGGCUUUUGGCCUUUUUCUGGGCUACAUGCAGUACAGCAUCGUGGACUAUUGCUGGCUCUCACCCCACAACGUGCCGGUCCUCUUUGUACUGUGGAAUGAACCAUGACACCAUCUUAUUGAUUAUUGCACCAGGAGGUCUGAAUGUUUCCACAUUCAAUGAUGCCAUAGGGCUUGCCUCUCUUAGACAUUUCAGCUUUUCUUUGGGAUUUCAGGUGUCAUUUUGAUGUGUUGCUAGGCUGGAGCACAGUACAGGCCAUUACUGAACACAGCCAUAUUAGGAAAAGCAAAAAAAUCCCUCUAUUGUAUAUUUAUUCAACGACUUUAUAUCUCCAGGACAACUGCAAAAGAAAACAACCUGAGGUGGUUAUACUAUUGCUAUUUUUUUAAAAGCUGACAUCAGUAAGAUUUGUGUUUUGUAAUAAUCCCAUAAAUCAACACAUCACUUGCAAAUUGGACUUUGAGAAAAAAACAUGAUCUUCAUUCCGUAAAUAUACUUGCAGCUAAGCCAUGUACUAAUCCUAGUCCUUUUCCUGAGGUAGAUUUUAAACAGUAUUUUUAAAGUCUGACAUAGGUUUUUCUCGUUUAUUCCCCGAAGAUCUGUUGCCACAGUUGGUGAGAUUUCUUCUAAAUCCUGAUUUUCUUGGUAAGCUUGUUUACUUUAUUAAAUCUUCCAUUUUUGUGGAUUGAAUAGUGAGAGAUUAUAAUUCUUGUCUUUCUCUCCUCUCCCUCUACCCCUCAAAAGAUAUUUCAGUAUUUUCCCCACUACUCUCUAACACUGUCAUUUAGCAUUCAGAGAACAAGCCAAGAACUUACUUCAAGAAGAAACACUUAAAAGGUAGGCAUAUCUAAGGUGCCCACAGGAAAGGAAGGAUGGGACUAUGGCCUCAUGCUUAAUUCUGUUGACAACUAAUAACAUGGCAUGACAGAGGGCAGAGAAGCUAAAUUGCUGGGGAAAGUCAGGGGAACUAAGAGUUUGGGGGUAAGCUGACCACAUACAUCAAUGACCAGUAUGGCAGCAGAUGGAACCCUGUUGCCCAUCCUCUCUUCUCAAUAAAGAAUAAUGUUCCUCUAUCAGGAUAAUAAAAUGGGAAAUUAAUGUGGUUCUUUUCAAUGCAAGAGCAUAAGCUUUCUCAUAUGUACCACAAGGAUGACCCUGUAUACUACAGUUUUUCUUAGGGGAUUUCAUUUUCCUGUAUACAGUAUGCUUUAGGUAACAGUAUUUAACUUGAAAUUCAUCAGGGGAGCCUGCUGCUACACCAGGCAUAAGGUAUAACUCCUAAGUUUCUGUUUACAUUGACCUUUACAUUUAAAGUUGUUCAUCCAUGGUGCCUCUCCAAAUCAUAUGACCAAAGACCGCCAAACACAGGAUGGGUUUUGCUCAUUAUUCUUUGACCUGGAAAAACUGAAAAGGGUAUGUGCUUUAAAUGCUCCUCUACCUGAAAAGAAAAACUUUAAAUUACCUAUGGAACUGGUGUCUUGAGAUAAUCUUAACGACCAAUUAUUUUGGCAUUUAGAAGCAGAAAGGAUUAUAGACUUUGAUCUGACAUAUAGAGGUGUGGAUAAGAACCUGGAGAAUGACUGUGAUAAAUAGGCUCAGAUUAGGUGGAAGCAUAAACUUUCUGAGAGUGAGGGGCACACUCAAAGAGGAACAGCUAUUCCAAAAUAAAACAAAAUCAUUUGUAUUCCCACAACACCACGAACACUAGCUACCUCUUCACUUGCUAAAUUUACAGCCAAACUGUUAAGUUCUAGGUGAUUUGUGUUUGUUGUUGAACCUUAAAGAGAUCUUUUAUUUUAAUUGCAGCAAUAUUCAGGUCCGAUAUUUGGAAUCCGUGAUAUUUCCUAUUGCAGUGUCCACAAAUCUGAAUAUUAGUGGCUUGGAAUUAGACUUAUCUUCUGGUUUGUAGUUAUACUUUGGGAAUUCCCUGUUUUAGCUGCUGGGGCCUGAGUUUGCUGGCUUUUAAUGCACAGAUAAAUUCAACUGAUAUUUUUGGAACAUCUUAAGUACUUUAGAGUAGAAAACUGAUUUAAUUAAUUGUACAUUGAGGAAUUCCUUUUAAAGAUUACAAUAAAAUUAACCAAUAAUGUUGAA